AAACGUGCGUGUUUGUGGGAAAAUCACAAUGAUUUCCGUUUAUCUACUUCGAUCUUUACCGGGAGAAAUGUUUUUUCUUACAAGUAUUUUGUUUUCGGCUGUAAACACUGUAAAAAUAGAAAAACUGGUGGUUCCUGACCUGGUGCAGAUUGGAAACAUGAGUGAUAUUGUACUGGACUGCCUCUACUCCGGUGUCAGCGACCAAUUUACUCUCCAGUGGCUGUUUAACGGCAGUCAUACUCCAGUUUACCAAUGGACUCCACUUGCCGAGCCCCAGGUCACUGGAAUAUUGGAUGGACGAUUGGACUUAACGUACAGAGCAUCACCACUCGUAAAGGAAGAGAGACGAGCGCUGCGCAUAGUGUCUAUAGACCCGGAACUCAGUGGAGAGUACACUUGCAGAGUUCUCGAUCAGGGAGCAGAAGCUCGCCAAACUAACACGAUGCUUGUUUUUAGCACAGAGAGAGACUUCUUACUAGAGUUCGACAGGCAGCAACCUUAUGUCGAAGUAAAGUGUACCGCUCGGGGGUUGUACCCUCAUCCAGAUCUUACUUUGGAACACAAUAGUGUGAUGUUUCCCAGACAACAACAGAGGAUAUGGCGCAGUGAGGGUCUAUUGUAUGACGCCGAGAGUACAGCGCGUCUGAACAUUCCACCGCUAGGACGCAACCAUAAUAAAUUAGACCAAAUUACUUGCCGUCUGCAACUCCUACAAGCUGGUUAUACGGCUAUUAAAAAGGAACUGUUAUAUAUGGAAGGGGAAUGCAGUAAUAGCUCAUCAAAAAUAAACUUUUCAAUCGUUCGUAUAUAUUUAAUGCUUAUGGUUAUUUAUCAGCAAUACUUGCAGUUGUUAUUUAGAUAAAUAAGUAUAUGUUACUAG